AUGGGACAGGAGACGAUGUCCGAUGGGACUUGGACUAACUUUGCAAAUAUUGGAAAGUGUUUUCCUCGUAAACAUCACUACCCCAAUACUGUGGAAGAAGUUUCUUCUAUUAUAAAAGUUAUUAACUCCGCUGGUGAGCGGUGCCGCGUGGUGGGUGGAGGGAAGAGCCCCAAUUCAUGUACAUUUACUAAUGGUCACCUGAUUCACAUGGAUCGACUUAACCGCAUUACUUCCAUUGACGAAAAAUCUAUGACUAUCGUGUGUGAAGGUGGUGCAUUAAUAAGUGAUGUGUUUGAGCGGUUGAGCGCCCAUGAUCUGAUGCUCCGUUGUGUUCCAUCUUUCGUGCAGACAACUGUUGGGGGUGUCAUUGCUACUGCCACACACAGUAGUGGCAUACGGUCCCGCUCCAUCUCUGAUUGUGUCGUCCGCCUUCAGCUGGUUGAUGGACGCGGUAUUCUUCAUACGUUUGACGCCUCCACACCGAAGGAAUUAUCACUUUCCGCAUGCCAUCUCGGUAUGUUAGGCGUCGUUGUUUCUGUGACACUUCAGGCUGAGAAAAAACGACUGUGGCGCAUAGAGAGCCGUCCCAUUCCGUUCCGAAAAUUGACUGAAGGCGAUACACUUAAAAAACGCAUUGCCGAGUCGGAGUUCUACCGCUUUUUCUGGAUGCCCAAUACAGACCAAUGUUAUGAGUCUACUGCUGAAUUUGUUGGCGAAGAGGGGGCCGAUCAGACGAAAAGAGUCGACGAAUCUAUCAAACUUGCGAUGGGGAAGAAGCAUGAGGCAACGUUACCAAUGACCGCAGGAAACACAAUUACAAAGCUAACCUCCAGCAAGUUGAGGAAUUUUUCUUCCGAAAAGUGCAACAGCACGGGGGAGGACUAUCAGAUGUGGCUGCGAAAUCAGCGGACCCUUCGAACUCGGAUCUGCAAAAUUCUUAAAGGUAGCUGGCUGCGCCACGGUGUGGUGGAGGCCGCACUUGCAGCAGCUGUCAUUCAACCGGGUAUACAACCUUACAUUAAUCGCACGUAUCGUCGUCUCUUCUACAAUGCUCCAGAAGUUCAAUAUGGCACCUCAUUGGAAUGCUUCACGUUCGACUGCCUCUUCAAGCAGUGGGCAUGCGAGUGGGCGAUUGACAUUAGCAAUGUCAUGCCCGCGUUUCAUUAUCUUCGUGGCCUUAUUUCCUCUGAAAACCUGAGUGUUCAUUUCCCCGUUGAGUUCCGCUUUACUGGUGCUGAUACAGCUGCUCUGUCACCUGCGCAUGGCCGUCAAACGUGUUGGAUCGGUAUCGUAAUGUACCGUCCUUACUUGCGGCACGCUAGAGACACAUUACGUUACUACGAUGCAUUCAGCAAAGCCAUGACGGUGAUGGGUGGUAGGCCGCAUUGGGCAAAAUAUUACACUUGGGGACCGGAGCAAAUGCUGAAAGCUUACGGAAAGAAUUGGGAGGAUUUUCUGCUCUUUCGCAAGAAAAUGGACCCGGAAGGUGUCUUUUUGAAUGGUUGGUUCAAUAGCCUCAGUGGAAACAGCCCAGUACUUAACAGCACUAUUAGUCAUCUGUAG